GAGCGCGGGAGCGUGUGUUUAAAGACAGAAUCCCCCCCACCACCACCACCAGAAACCAUCUUCCCGCCCCCUUUUGUAAAAAGUUUUCCCUCUUCUUCCGCAGGAUUUGGGGGACAUCCGUGUGGAGGACUUUUCCUAUUUUGGACUUGUUCCACGGAGUGUCGAAAGUGUGGCGUGGUAACACAGUGCGAGGUCAACUUACUAAUUGAGCUGAUGACUGAAGGAGGAGAGAAGACGAGGAUACAAGACAUCAACGUUUGGAUGUGCAACCAAAGCCUCACUGCGGUGAUUUGACCCUGGAUGCCAUUAUUUGAUGGCAUUCUGCAGACUGUCAAAGCCAUCAGAUAUGUCUGGGUUUCUUGAGAGGCCGGUGCUGCAGUACGGCGGGCCCUACUUUUCCAGCGACCCCAGAGGGUUGCCAUCCUGCAUUAACUCGAACUCCUCUCUGCUGGAUGCGAGAAGUCCUAUUAGUCACCUGUCGAGCCCACAAGGACAAAGCCUCAUCUUUCGCAGACAAGACAGCAGUUCCUCUGAUGACAGCCAUUCCUCCUCAAAGCAUCACAGGCCACUCACACUGGGCUUUACGGCGGACUCUAAUAAAAAUGCAGGAAGCAGUAUCCCAACAGCAGCGACUAUUAGAGAAACAAAAACAGGAGACGAGAAUGCUUCUCUGUUAACUGACAGCCCUGUUUACCUGGCUAUUCCUAGAGCCAUGUAUGGACAUAACCCCUGCUGCCAUAACCUGAGCUGCAUGAUGGGACAUCGGUACAGUGUGGCGCAUGGAUCCCAGCAAAUGCUAGCAAAUACUGAGUUAGAGCACAAUUGGACGCAGGCUGGAGUUCACAACAGCAAAAGAUUAUGCAUGCAGCGGAAGGCAGACACCGUUCAAAGAGGUUUACAGUUAGAUUCCGGUGAUGAGCAAAUCAGGAUCGCACAGAGCACAAACGAAGGAAGGACUAUGCCAGCUAGGACUGAGCCAAACUAUGGCGCCUAUCCCUAUAUGCCUCACCAUUCUACGUCUACCUCUUUAAGUGAGCAGAAUUUACAGCCGUCUCCCAGAGGCUAUGCAGGCAUCCACCCCUCCCAUGCAACAUGUGAGCAUAUGACCUCAGAGAUUUAUCAAGAAUGUUCUCCAAUGUCCAAAUAUGGCAAUCAAACAAAGCAGCCAAUGUUUUACUCCCCUCAGGCCACGGUAGAAGUAAAGAACAGGACACAUGGUAGAGAUACUGGUGCAAGGCAUGAAGAGGCCCCCCCUCUUCGAAAACACACAACCCCGAACCAAGGGGACCAUUAUUUAUGUCCUCAGAGGCUUCAUGGUGACAUUCCUUUGUUUUUGCAUAGCCCUGAAACACUACCACAUCACUCCUUUGUGCAAGGCUUUGAUUAUCCAUGUUAUGCUUUUCCUGGGUUUCAUUUAGGCCAACUCAGAACCCUAAAAAGGCAACAUGCCUCACCUGUGCUGAAUUCAAAUAGCGUCAAUAAUGUUUCCCCCUCAGGCCAAUAUUUAGAUCACCCAAUUUCCCCUGUAGCCAGUAGCACCAGCCAGCAUGUUGGACCAUCACACACGUCACAUUCCUUCCUGAGAAUGGACCAAAUCAGGCCAACGCGAUGUCAACCUGUGUCGCCUUCCCCCAUUCAAGCAAGACUAUUCUUUCCCUCUCCUGCCAGCCGACACAUAGAUCAAGCUGUCUUCUCACCUCCUGGUUUAACCACAGAGAGGCUCCUGGACUAUUCAGCUUGUGUAGGUCAGGUCACUUCCCCAAAUCAGCCCAGAGACCCACCAGUUUCCCCCAUGACAUGGCUUCCUCUAUACCCCAAUCAGACGUCAGAUUGUAUCCUUGCAGCUAAUAAUCCUAACCUUCGCACAGUCAUUGUAACAGGAAAUAGACACAGUGAUUCAAGUGAUCCAUCAACUCCUGUUCACACAGGUAACCUGAAGACGUGCGUUCCUCAUACACCUCCACUACUAAAAAUAAAAGAGGAAGCUUUGGAUUUAUAUGAAACUGACUCAUUUAAAAAGCAACAGCCACAAGAAUUGAAGGACUACCUGGUGCAAAAAAAAGCAGUCUCUCCCCAAAUGCCAGUUAUUGACAAUGUGUUUAGCCUGGCGCCUUACCUGUCAGCAUCUCGAGUGCUACCUGUAGAAGGGGAACCUCAGAAAACUCCGCUGUCACCUAAGAAAUGUGAAAUUAACCACAUAGCGAGCACUAAAGAAAUAAAACCAGAUCCAGAAGGGCCACCCACUGAUGUCUGUAGAGAUACUCCAGUUGCAGAAACGUUUGAAACCACAAAUAUUAAAGUGGAGAAAAUAAAUCCUCCCAACGGGUGUGACUCGAGUGAAGGUUCUGUGAGUCAGGCCAUAAAGGAUCAAAUCAAAACAGAACCAGAGGACACAACUUUGUUAGAAAUCAGCUCUAUGCUGGUCAUUAAGAAAUGUGAACCUGAGGAACUUGAAACUAAACCUACCCCGGUAGAAGAAACUGAGCUUUCAGAUGAGCCCGAACCGCCAAGCUCAUCUUGUCUGAGCGACGUAAGGACACUACAUGAGCAGCAGGCGGUCAGCAGCACUGAACCUCCAUCUCAGAAUCCACCUCAACCCCCAGGCCCCAAAUUUGAUAUCAAAAAUAUUUCACCCGAGUCCCUUAAGAUUUCCAACCACAAAAUUAGUCUUCGUGAUGUGUUGUUGUCUUAUUCAGCACCACCUCAAAAAGUUCCCAUUGUGAGCGUUCGUAUAGAACCAAAUAAACCAAAAGUGCAAGCACCAGUUCGUAAGCACUUUAUAGAGAUGCACCGCUCCCUCUGCAAGUUGGUGUCCAAAUGUGUGUCGGCCACCCCGGAGCAGCAGCUCAGAACUUGGCUUUCUAAGCAGGAACUGCCUGAACUCCCCACCAAAAUCCUGAAAAUCUCCUGCCUGCUGGGAAUUAAAGCAAGACGAAAAUGGCACAAUGAGGACAUCAACUCUGCUCUCCAGGAAGUGCUCGAUAGGCUGAUGGAUUACACCAUGCUGGGCUGCUGUCCUUUUCCGUACGUCAUGCGGACAGGGGACGUGUUCCUCCCCAUGCUGGUGGUCAAAGAAAUUCUUUUUCCCAUAGUCCCCGUCCACUUCGUCGACCAAGUCCUGCAAAAACACAAAGUGGAACUGCGGCCCACGACGCUCUCCGAGGAGAAGAUCCUCAUCCAGUUCCAUAAACGAAGCUGUUCGUCCCGACUGAGGAGGUUGAUGUCGCUCAAGCAUCUGCCCAGCAUCUACAUGGAUGUGCUUAACCUUUUCUAUUAUUCCACUGUGUGUAAACACUUAGGAGUAGACCUGGGGGCGUCUGAAACCUCCAACAUCAGCAGCUCUUCACUCACAUCCCCUGAAGUCACACCGGGACGGCCCAAGGACGACAAAGCCAAGAAGCCAAAAAGCCGAGUGAAGAGCAGCUCUCGGCGCACAUUUCUGGACAACAGUUGGUCUGAUGAUGACGACUCGCUGAAGAGCAAAGAAUUGAGCAAGAAAAACCAGGAUGGAGAAGCUUUGUCCGACUUGUGGACAUGUCCUUUAACCUCGGAGGACGAAUUAGAAGACUGUUCUUUAAAAAGCACUUUUCAAGCUGCGGCCCACAAGCCUUCAGGGAUGGUCCUCAAGCUGAGGAGGAUGCUGAGUCACGGCCGGAAGAGAAAAAAGGCGCGCUACCAAGCCGUCUCCCUUCCGGAUCCCGGACAGACCCAAAAGGACCGAGAGCAGCCCCUCAUGCGGCAGAGAACAGGAAGCACAGUCGCCUCACGUCCUCCAAGAAAAGCCAAGAAAACAUCUCCGCUGAAGAUCAAACACAGUCCCUACUUGUCCGCCCCUCGCAGGAAGCCAUGGGUACUGCGGACUAAAAGGGCCGUGAGGUUGACCUACCCGGACCUGGUGGGGAAGAAGAUACGCCACCUGUACGAGGAGGACGACAAGAGGGAGGUGUGGUACCGAGGGCAGGUGGUGUGUGUGCACGAGGCCCACAGCAACCCCCUGAACACUAUCUUUGAGGUGCACUAUGACAGCGAGCCUGGAUGGAAGUACUACCUGGAGCUGCUCGUGGACUACAAGAAGGGAUGGCUCACAGUAGAAGAAGACACAUGACCACUAUCAUCUCUAUUAUUCUACGCAUGGCUUUCAUUAGAGCAGGACUUCAUUUUUACUACUUGCACUUGCUCUGGCUUGUAUGGGAGCCUCUUUGAUUGUGUGUGCGUGCCUAAUGUUGUGUCCAUACAAAUAUUCUGAUGGCUUUAAAACAGCACUGGGAUGUGAGAUGUGGAUGCUUUGUGUGAUCUUGUAUUGAUAGCUUGUGAGAGCACAUUUAGUAGAACGCGAGUAUAGUACAUUUUGUAAAAUUAUUUUAAUAAAGGUUUUGUACUUUU